UACGAUCGACUGCGAUCAUCUCCAGCAUCAGCUUUCAUCAACCCCUUCAGUGGUGUUUUUAUCACAAACGGUCUUAAAAAUCUGCAAAAAUGAAAGUGGCCAUCCUGUGCCUCUGUCUUGCUACCACAGCAUCAGCUGCGCCUUCCUUCUUUCAUUACCUGCCUCAUUACGCAGGUUCCAGACAACAGGUGCCACCCUCACAGGUGAAAAACCCCUUCGCAGCUGCUCAGUCUCUACCACAGCCUGCAAUAACUGGUGCUUACAGCGUGGAGCUAAUUUAUCCUCACAGGUUUCCUGGUGCAGGUGGAAACCCUUCACAGCCAUUUCCCACUCAUGGUUUCAUCAAAUACUCCAUUCCUCAGCCACCAGGCAGACAGAGUGUGGAAGUUUACUACCCCUAUGACUUCUCCCAACAAAGGAUAAUGACAAACAUGCCUCCCAUGACAAACGUCCCUCAGAUGCCAAAUGUGCUUCCAUUUGACUUCCCUCCUCAAAAUAUUCCCCAGCAAAUCCCAAAUAUUCCCUCAUUUGAUGCCAAUCCUCUUCCAUCCCAGGAUCCUCUGCAACCUCUCCAGCAGGACCAGCCCACACAGACAAGCCAGAUGCCAGAGAAGGUUUGAAGUAAAUGAAAGGAAAAGAAAGGCGAAAAUAUUUCUUCCUCCCUAAGAUUCGAGACACCUGCAGCUUGUUAAAUAAUUUCAACUGAAUCUGGAUGUGCUUACUAAAAUAAAAUGCUAUGAUAAUCAUAUAUGUAUACACAUAUAUAUGUAUUGUUUACUAAGAAUGCUGUUACAAUGACAUCUGCAUAGAAUGAAUCAUAAUUCAAGUUUUUUUCUGCUUUUCUUGAUAGUCUUCAUAGAUUUCUAAUAUAUUAUUGUACUGAUGAAACAGUUUGUCAUGCUGCAUUUCCACAGUAUAUAACAAAUGUGCUGUACAUGUUUAUUAACUCAUUUCAACUUGUCCUUAAAUGGAAUUUUCCUUAAGAAUUAAAGUCUUCAAAGUUUUCAAGCAA